CACCCACCCGGGCUCUUCGCCCACAGUCACUCCUUUAUCGAACUACUACAGUUCAUACUCCAUUCUUCAAUUCUAUUCCACUCGUGCAGAUAGGCUCGACGCCCUCACGAUGAUGAAAUUCUUGUUCAUUGCCCUUUUCGGGCUCCUAUGGGCUAAGCAGGCGCUGGGCGCCGCCGUGUUCGCCCACUUCAUCGUCGGCAACGCAUGGAACUACACACUUACAGACUGGGAAAAUGACAUGACACUGGCCCAGGAGGCCCAUAUCGACGCAUUCGCCCUGAACAUGGGUUACGGUGACUCGUCCACCGCAACGCAGGCUGCUCUCGCGUUCGAAGCAGCCAACAAAGUCGACUUUAAGCUUUUCUUUUCCUUCGACUACGAAGGAGGCACCGGUGCCUGGCCAGAAUCUGACAUCCUCACUUACCUUAACAAGUACGCCUCCAACUCCGCCCACUACAAGUACAACGGCAAGGCGUUCGUCUCUACUUUUGAGGGUACCGCCUACGCGACGGACUGGAAGUCCAUCAAAUCUCAGGUAGACUGCUUCUUCGUCCCGGACUGGUCUUCUCUCGGCGCAGAGGGCGCCUAUGAGGCUGGCGGUGGAGGUAUCGUCGACGGCCUUUUUAGCUGGGGUGCCUGGCCUUCUGGUCCGAACAACAUGAGCAAUGCCACUGAUCUCAGUUACCUCGAUCUCGACAUCCCUUACAUGAUGCCUGCCUCUCCGUGGUUCUACACCAACCUCGCCUCAUACAGCAAGAACUGGCUAUGGCGCGGUGAUAGCCUGUGGCACGAUCGGUGGGAGCAGAUCUGGGAUCUGCAGCCGGAGUGGGUGGAGAUCCUUACCUGGAAUGACUACGGCGAGAGCCACUACAUCGGACCCAUCCGCGAAGAUGCAAUUAGUCUCAUGACGACUGGUGGUGCACCGCUGAACUAUAUUGAGAAUAUGCCCCACGAUGGAUGGAGAGACCUUCUUCCUUUUGCGAUCGACACUUACGUGAAAGGAAACGCAACUCUCGGCGACGAAGGCAUCGUCACCUGGUACCGACCGAACCCGUCGGAGUCCUGCGGCACAGGAGGUACUACCGGUAACACGGCUAGUGAGGGACAGACGCUAUACCCGCCCGCUGAAGUUGCUGAGAAUAAAAUCUUCUACUCAGCAAUGUUGCAUUCGCAUGCGAAUGUCUCUGUCACUGUUGGUGGCACGUCGCUGGGCGCCACUUGGGCCAAACAUGGCCGAAACAGCGGCGCAGGACUCUACCACGGUGCCGUGGAGUAUGGUAGUGCGACUGGGAAGGUAGUGGUUAGUAUCACCCGGGAUGGGGAGACGCUGGCCAGUGUGGCUGGUCAGUCAAUUAACGCGACGUGUGUCAGUGAUUUGUCCAACUGGAAUGCUUGGGUUGGAUCUAGCGUUGCGAAGAAGACGAAUUCCCGUCGUGAUGCUACACUUCCAGUGAAGAGUAGACAUGCGCACCGUCACGUUGGGAGAGGACAUAACCGCUUUCAUUAAUGCAGGCAUAGUGGGAGUUUAGAUCUCAAUUCAAUUCGGU